AUGGAGCGCGCCGCCCGCCCGGGGCCGCUGGCGCGGGCACUGCUGAUGUUCCAGCUGCUGCUGGGGCUGGCGACUGGGACGGUGGCGGCUGGGCGCGCCCGCAACCUGCCGGCCCCGACGGCAGAGGCAGCGUUCGGCCUGGGGGCCGCGGCCGCUCCUACCUCGGCCGCGCGAGGGCCGGCUGCGGGGGCCGUGGCCGCAGCCGAGGUGACUGUGGAGGACGCCGAGGCGCUGCCGGCAGCGGCGGGCGAGCAGGAGCCACCAGACCCCGAGGACGACGACGCCGAGCUGAGGCCGCGCGGCAGAUCAUUAGUGAUUAUCAGCACUUUAGAUGGACGAAUUUCUGCCUUGGAUGCUGAGAAUCAUGGUAAAAAGCAGUGGGAUUUGGACGUGGGAUCUGGCUCCUUGGUUUCAUCCAGCCUUAGCAAGCCAGAGGUGUUUGGGAAUAAGAUGAUCAUCCCUUCCCUGGAUGGAGACCUCUUCCAGUGGGACCGGGACCGGGAGAGCAUGGAAACCGUUCCUUUCACAGUCGAGUCCCUUCUUGAAUCUUCUUAUAAAUUUGGAGAUGACGUUGUUUUGGUUGGAGGAAAAUCUCUCACUACGUAUGGACUCAGUGCAUACAGUGGAAAGGUGAGGUACAUCUGCUCUGCCUUGGGCUGUCGCCGGUGGGACAGCGAUGACCUGGAAGAGGGAGAGGACAUCCUGCUUCUGCAGCGCACGCAGAAAACCGUGCGAGCAGUCGGGCCCCGGAGUGGCAGCGAGAAGUGGAAUUUCAGUGUUGGCCACUUUGAACUUCGGUAUAUUCCAGACUUGGAAACUAGAUCCAGAUUUAUUGAAAGCACCUUUAAGCCCAGCGCAAACAAAGAAGAGUCUAAAGUUAUUUCAGACGUGGAAGAACAGGAAGCUACCAUGCUGGACACGGUUAUAAAGGUCUCGGUCGCUGAUUGGAAGGUUAUGGCGUUCAGUAAGAAGGGAGGACACCUGGAGUGGGAGUACCAGUUUUGUACUCCAAUUGCAUCUGCCUGGUUGCUUAGGGAUGGAAAAGUCAUCCCCAUCAGCCUUUUUGAUGAUACCAGUUACGCAUCUAACGAGGAGGUUUUGGAAGAUGAAGAAGACAUUGUAGAAGCAGCCCGAGGAGCCACGGAGAACAGCGUGUACCUGGGAAUGUAUAGAGGCCAACUAUACCUGCAGUCAUCAGUCAGAAUUUCAGAGAAGUUUCCCACAAGCCCCAAGGCCUUGGAGUCCAGUGAAAAUGCAAUUAUUCCUUUGCCAACCAUCAAAUGGAAGCCCUUGAUUCAUUCUCCUUCCAGAACUCCAGUCUUGGUAGGGUCUGAUGAGUUUGACAAAUGUCUUAGUAACGAUAAGUUUUCUCAUGAAGAGUACAGUAACGGCGCGCUGUCCAUCCUGCAGUACCCGUAUGAUAAUGGUUAUUAUCUACCCUACUACAAGAGGGAGAGGAGCAAACGGAGCACACAGAUCACCGUCAGAUUCUUUGACAACCCAAGUUACAACAAGAAUAUCCGCAAAAAGGACCCUGUUCUCCUCCUGCACUGGUGGAAGGAAAUAGUCGGAACCAUUCUGUUCUGUAUCGUAGCAACAACUUUUAUCGUGCGCAGACUGUUCCGUCCUCAGCCUCACAGACAAAGGAAGGAAUCUGAAACUCAGUGUCAAACUGAAAGUAAAUAUGAUUCUGUAAGUGGUGAAGCCAGCGACAGUGGCGCGGCUGACGUAAAGAGCUCCGGCUAUGUAUCGCGAUAUCUAACAGAUUUUGAACCAAUUCAGUGCAUGGGUCGUGGUGGCUUUGGAGUUGUCUUUGAAGCUAGAAACAAAGUAGAUGACUGCAAUUAUGCCAUCAAGAGGAUCCGGCUGCCCAACAGGGAAUUGGCUCGGGAAAAGGUGAUGCGAGAAGUUAAAGCCUUAGCUAAACUUGAACACCCAGGAAUCGUGCGGUAUUUCAAUGCCUGGCUGGAAGCACCACCUGAGAAGUGGCAAGAAAAGAUGGAUGAAAUCUGGCUGAAAGACGAAAGCACAGACUGGCUGCUCAGCUCUCUUAGCCCGAUGGAUGCACCAUCUGUUAAAAUACGCAGGGUGGAUCCUUUCUCCACCAAAGAGCACAUCGAAGUCAUAGCUCCUUUGCCACAGAGAAGCAGGUCUUUUUCUGUGGGGAUCUCCUGUGGCCAGACCAGCUCCUCCGAGAGCCAGUUCUCCCCGCUAGAACUGUCGGGAAUGGACCACGGGGACAGCAGUGGGUCAGUGGAUGCAGCAAACAACCUGCAGGACAGUUGCCUCACAGACUGUGACGUGGAAGACGGCACCAUGGACAGCCGUGACAAGGGGCACUCCUUUGAACUCUGUCCUUCCGAAGCUGCUCCCUACGUGAGGUCAAGGGAGACCUCCUCUUCCAUAGUGUUCGAAGAUUCUGGCUGCGAUAAUGCAUCCAGCAAAGGAGAGCUCAAAACUAACCGAGUGCAUAUCGGCAACCACUGUGCUAAUAAAUUCACUGCCUUCAAGUACUCCAGCAGCAGAUCUUCCUCGGAAGCCACCCUGUCUGUUUCUCCUCCAAGACCAACCACUUUAAGUUUAGAUCUCAGUAAGAACACUACGGAGAAACUGCAGCCCAGCUCGCCAAAGGUGUAUCUUUACAUUCAGAUGCAGCUGUGCAGAAAGGAGAACCUCAAAGACUGGAUGAGCCAGCGGUGCACGCUGGAGGAGCGGGAGCGGGGUGCGUGUCUGCACAUCUUCCUGCAGAUCGCCGAGGCCGUGGAGUUUCUGCACAGCAAAGGGCUCAUGCACAGGGACCUCAAGCCCUCCAACAUUUUCUUCACGAUGGAUGACGUGGUCAAGGUUGGAGACUUCGGGUUAGUGACAGCCAUGGACCAGGACGAGGACGAGCAGACAGUGCUGACCCCCAUGCCAGCGUAUGCCACACACACAGGACAAGUGGGGACCAAACUGUACAUGAGCCCGGAACAGAUCCAAGGGAACAACUAUUCUCAUAAAGUGGACAUCUUUUCCUUAGGCCUGAUUCUGUUUGAACUGCUGUACCCAUUCAGCACUCAGAUGGAAAGAGUCCGGACCUUGACUGAUGUAAGAAAUCUCAAGUUUCCCGUACUGUUCACUCAGCAGUAUCCUCGCGAGUAUGUGAUGGUUAAAGACAUGCUCUCUCCCUCCCCCAUGGACCGGCCUGAAGCCACAAACAUCAUUGAAAACUCUGUGUUUGAGGACUUGGAGCUGCCAGGGAAAACAGUGCUCCGACAGCGGUCUCGCUCCCUGAGCUCGUCGGGGACGAAGCCCGUGAGGCUGCCCAGCAGCUCCCGCAGCCCUGUGCCCAGCAGUUAGCCCUGCAAUCAGCUGUCAGCCCUGCAACCAGCUGUCAGGCCACAGUGUGGGGCCUGGUGGGCAUAGUGGCCCCCUUCUAGGAGCCCACCACUUUCCAGAGUGGCAGGUGUGAACAUUUUGUUCUUUGCUCAGGCUAAUUUCGGGCUGUGUUUUCCAAGUCAAACCGGAGCUGGACUUGGGGCCUGCCCUGUUUAGAGCCAACGCUUGCUUUGUGCUCCUCUCCUAGGACAGGGCUGCCGGGUGGCGCCUGCUCCAUGCUCUCCUGCAGCUGCUGGCCCAGCCAUGCAGCCUCGCCUUUUGCCUCAGAGGUAGGAACAUUCCUUGAAAUAUAGAGAGCUUUAAAGUGGAGAUAUUUUUAUAAUACAGAAUAAACCUUUCCCCCCAUUGUGGAAACUAUUGUUCUAGAAAUAGGCUUUCUAGAAGGAUGAACUUUGAAACUGAUUUCUAAAAAAGCUGACUUCUUUUUUGUCCCUGGUGGGUAAACGAAGAAAUCUGCACUAUUUUGGAGGACAAGUAGCACAAACUGUACGACAGUUAAUGUCUGUAGUUUUAUAGACCUAUUUGUAGCUUUAAGUAGUUUUAUUCCUUGGAUGGUUCUAGAGAGGGGUUAAGUUUAUGUACUUUUAUUACCUCCAGGAAACCCAGCAAAGGAGAAUGAAGCUUUGUAUGUAAAUUGGUUUAAAUUCUUUUUGGGAAGGAAAAAGCUGUAGUUAACCAUGGAAACUGUCUUACAACUAAUUUCUUCAAAGAUGGGCUUUUAACCUCAUAAAAUCCUACGUAAUCCUGCAGGUGGGUGCAUUCCCAAACUGAUUCUAGAUAACAGUUUAAUCAUUUACAGCCUGAUGGGUUUUUAUUUCCCUCUGUAAAUAUUUUUAUUUUUUAUUUAUAAAAAUUCUGGAAUCAAUCCAUUUGGGUUGGUGGUGUACAGAACGCACAUAAGUGUGUUAACUAUUGUGACUUCUUUCAAGUCUAAAUGAUUGAAUAAAACUUUUUUAAAAUUA